AUGAGUGAUAGCAUACAACUUCAACCGGCUGAUACCUCAACUUUAGACGCGUCAACUGAAAGCAGUUCGCAUCUAGAUCAUGCGAACGAUCAUACGAAUGCAUAUGAAUAUUCCGAAUAUACGGCUGAAAAAAACCAAGAAUAUCUUGAGUCCAUUAGAAGAGAAACCGCCGAAAAAACACCACUCGUAUGUCCGACCGAAAGCAUGGAUGAUUUAUUAAAAGAAUAUUCGCAGGGUAGUGAAGUAUAUCAACAGAAGAUCACGAAAUUGGCAGAGAAACAUCAUACAAUAAGACGUUGCCGAGGCGAUGGCAGCUGUUUUUAUCGGGCCUUUGGGUUUGCGUGGUUCGAACGACUUUUGAAUUCUAAAGACCCGACAAUUCAUCAAAACGCACUCGAAACGUUGACUUAUACGAAAAAUCAACUUCUUCCACAUUGGUAUGAAGAAUGGAUUUUUGAAGACAUGUAUGAAGAAGUCGAAGGACAUUUAAAAGCUAUUGUAGAAGGAAAAUAUGAUAGUGACAAAUUGCUGUCUAUCUUUCAAGAUGAGAGUAUCUCUAAUCAAAUAGUCAUGUAUCUUCGAUUCGUCACGACGGCCUACUUGAAAAAACAUUUUAAUGAUUACAAACCAUUUCUGGAUUGUGAUUUGGAAAUGGAUGAGUAUUGCAGUAAAUAUGUAGAAGGCAUGGAUAAAGAGGCAGACCAUAUUCAUGUCCUUGUAUUGACACGAGCUUUAAAAGUUCCAGUUGAAAUUGCAUAUAUGAGUGGCUCCGACGCGCUGGACCAAGUCAAUUUUCAUGAAUUUUACCCAGAAGACGGGACUUCAAAGGGCGUUUUACCUCUGAAACCUUUGGUGCUGCUCUACAGACCUGGGCACUACGAUAUUUUAUAUCGCGAUGAAUGA